CGUAAAUGUUGACGAUGUUGAUGAUGAUGAUUGAUCAGCUGAUAUGAUUCAUUUCUUGUGUACGUACAGUAUUUUCCUUUUGCUCCAACUUGGAGCAACUUGGUACCUUUGAGUCAGUUAAUUUAUCAUGUGAUAAUAGGCACCAAAAAAUUUUAAGCACACAUCAAACAAUUAUAGUAUAUAUUUUUUAAAAUAGAAUAAUUUUUUAAAUAAUUGAAUAACAAUGAUGGUAAAUAAUGAUGAAUCUGACAGGCAUCAGAUUAACAAAGUUACAACAAGUGUAACAAGUGAUACUGAUGAUAUUUCUUAUCAGCUUCCAACUGAGGUUAUCAUCCAUAUGAUGUCCUAUCUAUCUGUAGCAGAUAAAAUGUCAGCUGGACUAGUUUGUCAUCAAUGGCAUGAAGCAUCUUUAAGUACAAAAUUCAUAGAUAAACAAGCACUUGUUAUAAAUCGUGAAAAAGAUAAUUUACAAAUUGUCAUGAAUACAUUGUCAUUAUCACAAAGAUAUUUUUAUCAUUUUAUAUUUGAAGAAGUUGAAGUUAAACGUUCAUUACCAAUUUGGGAUAAAUUUGGAGAAACAAUGAAAAGUUUAAUUAUGGUCUGUUGUGAUCUAAGUGAAAGAACCUUAGUUAAUAUUUUAAAAUACUGCAAAAAUUUACAAACACUUCAUAUUAAUGAUUGUCGUGAGUGUUUCAUGUCUGGUCUAUUGUUAGAUGACAAUAAUGAUGUUAAAGAAUUAUCAGAAAAUUUUCAAGGUUUAAUUGAAUUAAGUCUUGCAUCAAAUCGUUAUUUAAGUGAUGCAUUGUUCAAUAGAUUUGUAUCAAUAUGUUCAAAUAUACAAUCAUUGAGCCUCAUGGAUUGUCAAAUAUCAUUUCAUUAUGGUUUGUAUAAAAAAUUUUAUCCUGAUAAAAAUUCUCUGGAUGAUCAACAACAACCACAACAACCAUCAGAGUCAGUACUGACAUUUUUAAAUAUUUUAAAAUAUAUAAAGACACAAUCAAAGAAAAUAAAACACCUCAAUUUUGGUUGUACACUUAUUGACAAUAGUGCACUUGAUACACUUUUAAGUGUUGAUGAUUUAAAAUUAGAAACAUUAAGAUUACGUUCAUGUGAUCAAUUAACAUAUACUGGUCUUCGUUCAUUGGCAUAUCAGACGACACUUAAAGUACUUGAUAUUAGUUCAUGUACAAGAGUUACUGAUGCAAGUCUUUUAUGUAUUUGUGAAAAUCUUGAAAAUAUUGAAAGUUUAAAUAUACGAAGAUGUCGAGCUGUUACUGAUCAUGGUAUAUCACAAAUAAAAAGAUUAAAAAAAUUAGUUGAACUUGAUAUAUCAGCGUGUGAUCAAUUAACUGGUUGUUCAAUAACUCAAGGACUUUGUCAGGUUGAAACAAUUAAUAAGGAAGAAACAGCAAGUAAUCAUGAAGAUAAAAAACAAGAAAAAACAAAUGAACAAAUUAUCAAUUUAAAUUUACGUGUAUUUAAUGCAAAUGCAUUAAAUUUAGAUGAUAAAUCAGUUGAAUGUAUUGCAAAUUGUUUUCCAAACUUGUUGCAUUUAAAUCUUGGUCAUUGUUUUAUUGCUGUUACUGACAAGACAAUACAAAAAAUAUUUGAAAAGUUAAUUUUAUUGAGAACAUUAAAAAUUGCUCGUUGUGAUAAAGUUAGUGAUGCUGGUAUCACUGGUAUGGGUGCAAAAAAUCGUGAAAAUAAUUCAACAAUAAAACUUGAUAAAAUAACACCAGAUUAUAAAUUACGAAUAAGUCUUGGAUCUAGAGUUGAAAAAGAAAUUGUUCGUGAUGCUAAUAGAAAAAAAGAAGUUAUGGAAAUGUGUGAGGAUAUUAAUUCAUUAUUUGAUUUUGAUAUUACACCAGGAUUUUCAUUAAUUCGACUGAAGGGACUGACUGAGUUGGAUCUAACUGGAUGUAAUCGUGUAACUGAUGUUAGUCUUAAACAUGCUUUUACCUUUCCAGAAUUAAAAAUACUUGAUCUAAGUAAAUGCCAACAGAUAACACAUGUGGGACUUGAUUAUCUGACGCAAAAUAAUCAAGCAAUUGAGGAUUUAAAUCUUUCUCAAUGUCACAAUGUCACAGACAUUGGUAUUCAAUAUGUUGCACAAAGAUUGCAUCGAUUAAAACGUUUACAUUUUCAUAGUUGUUCACAACUGACUGAUCACAGUCUCGAUUCAAUAAAAUUAUACUGUAAAAGUCUAAAGUAUUUGGAUGCACGUUGUUGUCGUGGUAUUUCACUGGCUGGAAUUGAAAGCUUGAAUUAUCUACAUGUCAAGUAUUCUGAAUAAUAGGAUAUAUAUUUUUAUGAUCGAAGGAUAUAACUUAUUUAAUUUAAUUUAAAUUAAGUAUUAUAAAAUGUUAUUUACUACGUUAUUUUAUUUUCUUUGUAUUGAAUAUUUUAAAAUUUAAUAAAAAAUAUUCAUCAAAUGUUAAAAAUUUAUUUUUUGAAAUAGUUAUUUUUAUGUUUUAAUAAUUAUCAAAAAUUAUAAUGUCACAAAUAUUUAACAAAAAAAAAAUAUGAUGUCUAUUUUCAUAUUCAUCCUGUGACUUUUAAAAUUUACAAAUUAUUUUUUUCACACAAUAAUGUCAAACUUGAACAAAGUAAUCCAUUGUUAUUUUGUUUUUUUUUUUCAAAUAUUUAACAAUUGUUUAAAUAAGUAUUUUUAUUAUUAUGCAAACAGUAUAAAGCAUUGAUCAUACAAAUUAAAAUAAAUAUUUUUUAUGAUUUUCAGUAUUUAACUUUUGAUAAAAAACAAAAAAAAUUUAAUAAUCAAGGACGUGAAUUGUUAACAACAACAUGAUAUACAAAUAUAUAUAAAUUUCAACGGCCAAUUAUUAUUGUGAUACAAUUUUGUUUUUUAUUUUUGUUUUUGUAGUGAAAUUAUUUUUAUUAUUCUUGUUGUAUGUAUGACGUAUUAAAUUUUCAAAUUUAUAUCUUUAUUUUAUAAUAAAGUUAAUUUAAACAAUAAA